AUGUCCAGUUCUGAUGCCGAUGAGGUGUUGUUCGCCUACAUCGUAGUAGCCUCUCAUGCAGUGAGCUUAGUACUGAUCCGAGAAGACAAUGACAUGCAACGGCCCGUCUACUACGAAAGCAAAUCACUGCACGAGGCAAAGAUCCGCUACCUCCCCCUCGAAAAGGCCGUUUUGGCAAUCGUACAAGCCACGCGAAAGCUCCCCCACUAUUUCCAGGCACACACUGUGGUUGUACUAACUCAGCUUCCGCUAAAGUCCAUUCUCUGGAGUGCCGACUACACAGGCAGAAUUACAAAAUGGGGAACAAUCCUGGGCGCUUUUGACAUUAGGUACAUGCCUCGCACUGCUGUGAAGGGUCAGGUCAUCGCAGAUUUAGUAGCCGAAUUUGCGGAGCCCAUACUAGAAGGAGGGGGAGGGUCACUAAGCCCAGACGGGAAACUGAUAAGUGCAAUCACUCAGCAAGAGCCCAAUUGGUGGAAAGCGCACGUCGACGGCGCAGCCAACCGAAUGGGCUCAGGUGUGGGGCUCGUUCUGGUCUCCCCCGAAGGUAUCGCCAUCAAAAAAUCGUUAAGACUUGGUUUCUCGGCCACGAAUAAUGAGGCAGAGUAUGAGGCACUAUUGGAAGGAAUGUCGAUGAUCCAGAAACUGGGUGGAAAAUCCGCGAGCAUAUUUUCGAACUCAAGACUCGUCGUCGGACAAGUAAAUGGGGAGUUGGAGGCGAAGGAUGAAAGAAUGCAGGAGAACACCCAUGCUGAUUCUCUUGCAACGCUAGCCACCUCCUCGGCUCAGCCACUUCCCCGGGUUAUUCUAGUAGAAGAUCUCUACCGCCCAACGACGACAAAGGCCAACGAAAUACGAGUCCACAACGUCAGGGCUGGGCCUAGUUGGAUGGAUCCUCUAGUGCUGUUCUUAAAGCACGACACCUUACCAGACGAUAAGAAUGAGGCCGACAAGAUUAGAAGAAAGGCCUCUCGAUUCUGGUUGUCCGAGUACUCGAAACUGUACAGGCGCUCAUUCUCAGGGCCAUACUUGCUGUGUGUGCACCCAGAGACCACUGAACUCAUCCUGGAGGAAUUGCACGAAGGAAUUUGUGGAAGUCAUACGGGGGGUAGGUCCCUAUCCCAUAGGGCCAUAACGCAGGGUUACUGGUGGCCGAGCGUGCAAAAAAAGGAGCAGAAAUAUGUGAAGAAGUGCGACCAGUGUCAAAGGUUCGCUCUGAAUAUACACCAGCCUGGAAGGAACCUUAACCCGCUGUCCAGCCCUUGGCCAUUCGCACAGUGGGGCCUAGACAUCCUGGGACCAUUCCUCAAAGCAGCAGGGAACAAGAGAUUUAUCCUCGUCAGCACGGAUUAUUUCACGAAAUGGGUCGAAGCUGAGGCGUUGGCGAAUAUUAGGGACGUUGAUGCCAAGAAAUUUAUUUGGAAAAAUAUCGUUACUAGAUUCGGGAUACCUCACACACUGAUCUCGGACAACAGCCUCCAGUUUGAUAGUAAUUGCCAUAUGUACUAG